AUCCCAACAGGGUGGACCACAGAGGGGGAGAUGUUUUUGGGGGUCGUUGGACUGACACAAAUAUACCGGACUGGACACUUUUGAAUCCUGCUCGAGACUCAGCCGAACCUGUUUUAACCACUUCUUCUCUCUUCAAACCUUACAGGUUACACCUCACUAGGAGCCUCCACCUACGGGACAGGGAUUGGCAUCAGGUCACCUUAAAUCCAAAGGAGCUGAAAGACUGGCCACUGGCGAAGGAAGGGUUCGAGCUGCAAGAAGACAAGAUUCAAAAGAUGCCGGCUUGGAAGUACCUGGGCCUGGAAAUCGGAAAGAGGACCAUUGUUCCUCAGAAAUUGGACAUUCGGACAGACGUCCGUACCCUUGCCGAUGCCCAUCAGCUCUGCGGUGCUUUGAAUUGGUUUGUUUUGUAGGUCCUACCCAUCCCAAGCCAACAUGCAGACCAUCCACCUCAUCAUCGUGAUCACUAGCCUCCUGACAACCAGUCAAGCCUGGCUUGUGCCACAGCCCGAUGCGAAUGUGUGGACCACGCUGGCGCGGUCCUUAGGCCAGGAUCACAUCUGCCUCAACCAGGCCAGUGCCUCAGACCCGAUCUCCUCCUGCCUCGUGGGGAUCCCUUUUCAAAAACAUGAAUUGCCCGAGAAGCUGCUUUAUUAUGCCCGCCGUUUAGAUAAUAUCAAGCCCCGUGUGAGUCCUUUUAUUAGUUGGAGGAAUUUCUUUUUCCGUUUAGAAAAUUCAAAAGAUGAACCCCAGGAGCUGGAACUCCUUGGUUCAACCAAAGCCCGGUUUUGCAUCCACUUCACCAAUGAGGCAAAUACCCUUAACCCCAAGACAAAAAAUGUAGUUCAGUCAAAUUCCCUAUAUCACGCCAGAUCGUGGUGUCAGGGAAUGGCCAAAGGAGCACUCCCCCCUCAAGUUUACAAUAACCCCAAAAAAUUGCCAAAAGGUGUUUUUUUGAUUUGCGGGACCCAUGCUUGGGCAGGCAUCCCCUCUCACCUUUCAGGAGGUCCGUGCACCUUAGGGAAAUUGGGACUGUUUUCACCUAACAAAACCCAAAUUAUGGAUUGGAAGCAAAAGAAAAACGGUGCACAUAAAUCGGCUAUUUCUAAAAGAGAUUUGAAGAAUUUGGACCCAAACAGCGAUUCGGAAAUUGUACAUUGGAGUAAGUCUAAAGGAGUCGCAGUUACUAUAUUUGCCCCCUGGGUUUCAAUUGCCAAGAAUAUGGGGGAAUUGGCUCACCUAGAGUGUUGGGUGGCCAAACAGUCAAAGUUGACUUCCAAAGCCCUAUAUAACCUCCUGCAAGAUGAGGAUUUAACGAGGCAGGCCACCCUCCAAAAUCGGAUGGCCAUAGAUUACCUCUUGCUCCUCCACGGACAUACCUGUGAGGAGUUCGAGGGUCUAUGUUGUUUUAACUUGUCGAGCCGGGCCCAGGACACUAAGCAGAUCUUGUGACAGAUGCAAGAUAUGGUCGGGCAGAUAAAAAAAGAAACAUCAGACUGGUUAACUAACAUCUUCAGUGGCUGGGGGCUCUCUGGGUGGUUAGGAUCCAUCUUAAGGACCAUUUUGUUAUUUAUGUUCAUCAUUUUAUUAAUCCUGGUGGCCUUCGAACUAAUUAGAAAGAUUAUGUUAAAAUUGAUUUCCAGUGCCACUUCUUCCCCCUCUCCAGAAGUUAAUUACACAGCGGUGUCAGAUGACCCUGAAGAAAUGGACUUAGAAGGCUCCGAAGGCUAUCCGGAGUCCGAAUACCUUCCUGACCCACCGCAGCCUUUUUCAUCUUAAUUAAAAGAAAAGGGAGAGAUGUGGCAGUGCAUGUUUUUUGAGUUUACUGUUUUUUGUAAGAUUUAGUUGUCUGUAAAGGUUCAGUUCUAUGUAUCCCUACCUUCCCCCCCUAAUUAAUAUUCCUUUGUCCCUCUCCUCCAUCACGAGGUGUCUGCACCUGUUCCCUUCGGUUAAUUGUCAGUUAUCUUUCCCGCCUUGAGUUUUCCCCUCCCAGUUAUCUUUAAUUGGUCUGAAGCACCCUUUUCCCCCUCUGUUCUCCCUAGAGACUGUAAACCAUUGGCUGGAGGCAGCAAACCCCACCCCCUUCUCCCCACCUUCUCGGCUCCCCU